AGAUUAAUUCAAUUUACAUUCUUUCUGAUGGGAACAAAUGAUUCAGUUUUCUAACAAAUCACUUCUCCAACAGCUUUCCAGAACGAAUUAAGUUCAAGAACUGAGGUUCAGUGUGCUAAGUAUUUACUUUGUGUCAAACAUUGAGCUAGGUACUGGGAUACAAUGUCUGAUACGACAACUCGGUUCCUGCCCGCAGUACACAUAGAAGCUAGUAUGGUAGCUUAGCUUCCCCCUCUGUCCAUAUUCAUAUGCUGGCCCUCUCUUCUCCCAGGUCUUGCCUGUGGUGACCACAAUGCCCCAGGCCUCUGAGCACCGCCUGGGCCGGACCCGAGAGCCACCUGUCAAUGUCCAGCCCCGAGUGGGAUCCAAACUACCAUUUGCCCCCCGGGCUCGCAGUAAGGAGCGUCGAAACCCAGCCCCUGGGCCAAACCCCAUGUUAAGGCCUCUGCCUCCCCGGCCAGGUCCACCUGAGGAACGGCUCAAGAAACUGGAGCUGGGACAAACACGGACCUCAGGCCCUCGUCCCAGAGGCCCCCUUCGGGCAGAUCAUGGAGUUCCCCUGCCUGGCUCACCACCCCCAGCUGUGGCUCUGCCUCUCCCAACCAGGACCAACCUAGCCAGGUCCAAGUCUGUGAGCAGUGGGGACUUGCGACCAACAGGGAUUGCCUUGGGAGGGCAUCGAGGUGCUGGAGAGCUAGGGGCUGCACUGAGCCGCUUGGCGCUCCGGCCUGAGCCACCCACUUUGAGACGUAGCACCUCUCUCCGCCGCCUAGGGGGCUUUCCUGGGCCCCCCACCUUGCUCAGUAUACGGACAGAGCCCCCUACUUCCCAUGGCACUUUCCGCGUGACAUCUGCCCGGCCCUCCAAGCCUUUCUACUUCGAUGACAAGAUGGCUCAUCACACACUGCUUCUGGGCUCUGGUCAUGUUGGCCUCCGAAAUCUGGGGAACACGUGCUUCCUGAAUGCUGUGCUGCAGUGUUUGAGCAGCACUCGGCCUCUCCGGGACUUCUGCCUGCGAAGGGACUUCCGGCAAGAGGUGCCUGGAGGGGGCCGAGCCCAAGAGCUCACUGAAGCCUUUGCAGAUGUGAUUGGUGCCCUGUGGCACCCUGACUCUUGUGAAGCUGUAAAUCCUACUCGGUUCCGAGCUGUCUUCCAGAAAUACGUGCCCUCCUUCUCUGGAUACAGCCAGCAGGAUGCCCAGGAGUUCCUGAAGCUCCUCAUGGAGCGGCUACACCUUGAAAUCAACCGACGAGGCCGCCGGGCUCCCCCAAUCCUGGCCAGUAGCCCAGCUCCCUCUCCACCCCACCGUGGAGGGGCUCUGCUAGAAGAGCCGGACUUAAGUGACAAUGACCGGGCCAACCUAAUGUGGAAGCGUUACCUGGAGCGAGAGGACAGCAAGAUUGUGGACCUGUUUGUGGGCCAGCUGAAAAGUUGUCUCAAGUGCCAGGCCUGUGGGUAUCGCUCCACGACCUUCGAGGUGUUUUGUGACCUGUCCCUGCCCAUCCCUAAGAAAGGAUUUGCUGGGGGCAAAGUGUCUCUGCGGGACUGCUUCAGCCUCUUCACCAAGGAAGAAGAGCUGGAGUCGGAAAAUGCCCCAGUGUGUGACCGAUGUCAGCAGAAAACACGAAGUACCAAAAAGUUGACAGUACAGAGAUUCCCCCGAAUCCUCGUGCUCCAUCUGAAUCGGUUUUCCGCCUCCCGAGGCUCCAUCAAGAAAAGCUCCGUAGGUGUGGACUUCCCGCUGCAGCGCCUGAGCCUGGGGGACUUUGCCAGCGACAAAGCCGCUCCGCCCAGGGUCUCCCCGGUCAGUGAGAACCAGGUGGCGUCCAGCGAGGGCUACGUGCUCUUCUACCAGCUGACACAGGAGCCGCCCCGCUGCCUGUGAAACCCUGCCCCCCCCCCAAGCCUGGGCUCCCCGUUUACCUCAGAGACGUCUAUUUUUGUGUCUUUUUCACUGGGGAGGCGGAGGGUGAUUGUAGCUCCCAUUUUUUAAAUUAAAAAGUACCCUUCCACCUGGAGGUCCCCCUGUGCCCCAGCCCCAUGUACAGAGCUCCCCAGGCCCCGCCCGUGUACGGCCCCGGACUUCAAUCUCACUUUUUGUGAAUAAAUUUAUUAAGAAAAA